AGAGUAUCUGUCCAAGUAGGCAGUGCUCUCUUCUAGGAUUAUCGCGGCAAACAGCAUGCGUAUGUUUUCCUUUUCUUUAGUUACUAUCUACUAUCUUUCCGCAUUUAUUUUCUUCACAUUUAUAUACAUACAUCCCUACCUAUACGCGCUAGUGUUCGAGACACGCACAAUUGUUGCCUCCGAUGAGAUCGAAACACUACAUUUAUCCUCGUAUAGGUACAUACCUAUCUUCCUAUGUAUUUAUCUACUUAUCUAUCUACACCCCUUAAAUGUAUCCAUCCGACGCUACAUUAAUUCCGGUCGACUUCCAAGUGGGGGGGGAUCUUCCGCCGGCUUCUGUAUUGUCGGGAAAGACGUCACGAACGAUGAGGAGUCACCUAUCUGUUGAAAUCUGGGUAUGCUUCAUUUAUGACUACUGUUACUUUACAACUUUUGAAAUAUUGUAAUUCAUUUUAUUCUUCUCGAUCACCACCACGAACAACCAGCAGCGACAACAAAGAGACAAAGAAAAGAAAAUACACUCUUUAUCAGCUACAUGCCUUAAAUCCAUCCCGAUUAGACUUUCAAGACGUUUAAAACGUAUAAUUCACAUAUAACAGCGGCUUAGGUACCUAACCCAGCCUCAGGUGGAUCUAAACGCUGUAUUGCCAUCCCAAAAAGCAAGGCGAGAAUCCACACAGUUUGAAUUAAUACGUUAUCAACUCACAGGGG